AUUAACUAAAUUGAAAUGAAGUUGUUUGUUAUCAUUUGAUUUGUUCGAAAGAUUUUGAAUUUAAUAGCCACAAAUUUCAUUUUUACAUACUUAAUAUGAUGUACAAAGGACUCCGAAAAUUUAUUUUUGAUAAUGCAUACCUAUUUUUGGGUAUAAUAAUAGGGUUUUAUUUCUCUUCAAUGCUUUCCACACCUUUGGAAAAUACAUGUAAUAAUCUGGGAAAAAUGAAAAAUGAUACUGUCCAAGAAAUUAUAAAUUCUUCUGUAAAUAAAUUCGCAAGUAAUAUUACUAAGAAAACUAAUAGUGAUUCUAAGAAGUCCAAAUUAGUAAGGCCAAGAUAUUAUUCCACAGAAUUGGAAAUGAGAGAAAAGCUUUUAGUUGGAAUAUUCACCUCCGAGGAGAAAAUCAAUACUCAGGCUGUGCAUAUCAACAAAACUAUUGGCCAUUUAGUUGAUAAAAUAAAAUUUUUCAUUACUGCCCAAUAUAAACUGAAAACAAAGUUCAACUUGACUGGUGUAGUAGGUUUCACUGAUGCGAGAUAUAAAUACAGACCAUUUCAAGUAAUGAAAUAUAUUGGCGAUAUGUUUGGCCAAGAUUAUGAUUAUUACUUUUUUGCCAAUGAUUACACAUUUAUUAAUGGGUAUAAGCUGAAAGACGUAAUAAGAAAAAUAAGUGUAAGCAUGGAUGUUUAUUUGGGUGUUAGAGUGAAGGAAAGCAGCUUCUGCAGUUUAGAUUCAGGUAUAAUCUUGAGCAACUCUGUGUUGAAGGCAAUGAGAAAUCACUUGGAUUGGUGUAUCAUGAAUGCAGUCUCUGAAGAUCAUAGUGAAAACAUUGGUAGAUGUGUUUACCAUAGUAUCGGUCUUUCAUGUCAGGAAGCUGUCCAGUUAGAAAUUUUACCUUCUUUCAAACUCAAACAUUUUGAACUUAGUUCACAUCUUUUGGAACUCACGCAUAGAGAUGACUUCAACAAAGCUGUAACAAUCUAUCCUGUUUUACAAAAGGAUGAUUAUUUCAUGUUGAAUGCUUAUUUUCUAAAGCAACGAUUAGCAGCAUUAAAUGAAGAUAUUUCUGAAAAUUCCAAAACACUUGAUGAUUCGUGGCCUCCAGGACAAAGAGGAGGUUCAAAACCAGCCACUCGUUUUGAUUUACCGAAGCAGUAUUAUUUCAAUAUUUCUAAACAUCAUCAAGAGACAGGACACAGCAUAAACUUUGCGGACACUAAGAAUAUUAUUGAAGAAGUGAAAUCAAAAGUAACCAAUACAUACCCUAAAGAUCUGCAGUACAAGAAGCUUGUAAAUGGCUACAAAACUUUCGACUUGAGCAGAGGUAUGGAUUAUACAUUAGAUUUGGCCUUCAGAGAUCUGAAUAAUGGAAAGGAAGUAAUAAAAAGAUUCGAAAUAUGUAAACCUCUGGGAAACACAGAAUUCAUUCCAGUACCAUAUGUAACAGAAGGCACCAGAGUGAAUAUUGUACUCUCUAUUCAAGAAUCAGAAUUGUUACUAGCAAUGGAGUUCUUGGCAAGUUACACCCGACUUGUAAUGGAAUCAAAGGAAAAAACAUUUCUCAUGCUCGUCCUGCUAUACCAAUACAAUAGUGCUAGUCGAGGAUCUGCCGAUGUUUUUGCAGAUAUAAAGAAUUUUGCCACAAAGGCUACAAGUAAAUAUAAAAACGAUGAUACAAAAAUUGCCUGGUUAUCGAUACGGCUUCCGGAAGUUUCAAAUCCUUUAUUCAUUGAAGAAAAUCGGGCACUGAAUUUUGCAGUUGUUGAUUUAGCCCUAAAAAAAAUUGGCCUUGAUAGUUUGACACUGAUUUUGGAUGUUUAUUGCAAUAUUACAAUUGAUUUUCUGAAUAGGGUGCGAAUGAAUACUAUACCAAAUUUCCAAAUAUUUAGUCCUAUACCAUUUCGUCAGUAUAAUCCAAAGAUUUCACAAAAUGCAAAUCUUGAGGUCAAUAAAAACAAUGGACACUUUGAUAGAGAGGAAUAUAAAUAUAUUUCUUUUUAUGGAAGAGAUUAUGUUUUUGCCAGAAAAAAGUAUCAACAUUUUAUGCCUCUAGUGAGAAUUGACAAUGACAUUGGUAAUAUUAUAGAUGAAGAUCACAAAAAUGUCGGUAACAUUUUCAACAUGUUCAUAAAAUUUAAUGACAAACUCCACUGUUUGAGGGCACCAGAAAUGAAUUUGAAGAUCAAAUAUCACGAAGAAAUGGACCUCGAAAAACAUAAUUAUUUCUUGGGCAAUGAAGCCCAACUAGCUAAAAUUAUUCUUACGAAACAAAAUCAAAUUUCUGAAAUAUAUUGAGUUUUAAAUUCAUUAUAUUCAAAGAUUCAUUCAUUAAAUGUUUAUUUUACCAAAUCGUA